AUGCAGGGACCAGAUUUGGGAUGUGAGGGUGCAGGAGUGUCCCUGUCCCUACCUGUGAUCCUGGCCCGCUGCAGCUGGCUCCUGCCCAUCCCAGGUGAGCUCCAGCCAUCCAUCCAUGCAGGUGACCUCACCUGGCUGUGUUUCCCAAAGAACUGUUCCUGCCCUCAGGAUCCAUCCCAUGGUGCCAGCAGAGCCCUGCAGGUGUGCCCAGGUGUGCAGCUCCUGCAGGUGUGCCCAGGUGUGCAGCUCCUGCAGGUGUGCCCAGGUGUGCAGCUCCUGCUGUUCCUGAAUUCCCAGAGCACCUGCAACUCCCUCCUCAGGUGCUCCUGCUCACCUGUGCUCCCUCUGGCUCCAGGCAUCUCCCCUGGCAUCAAACUGGUCAGACUGGGAUGGAUUCAGGUUCUCCAGGUGUGGAUUCCCCUGACUCACCUGGGCCUUCCAGCCCUUCCUUGGGCUGGGAUUCAUGGGACACCCUCCAGACCGUCCUGGGAUCUGUCUUGGGGUGAAACUUCCCAUUUCUGGGGCUUUUCCCUCUUUCAUGGCUUCAGCCAGGUGAGAUCAACCUGGGGAGGGGCAGGAGAGGGAAAUUGGGACGUGGGGUGGGGCUGCCUGCUCUGCUGGCUCUGCCCUGGGGAUUGGCUCACCUGGACGCUCCUGGAUUCUGGGAUCUGCUCACCUGCUUGGGACUGUGCCCCAAAACUGCAUUCUGCUCACCUGGACCCUGCAGACUGCGGGAUCUGCUCACCUGGACCCUGCAGACUGUGGGAUCUGCUCACCUGGAUCUGCUCACCUGGAUCUGCUCACCUGGACCCUGCAGACUGUGGGAUCUGCUCACCUGGAUCUGCUCACCUGGAUCUGCUCACCUGGACCCUGCAGACUGUGGGGUCUGCUCACCUGGACCCUGCAGACUGCGGGAUCUGCUCACCUGGAUCUGCUCACCUGGACCCUGCAGACUGUGGGAUCUGCUCACCUGGACCUGCUCAUGUUGUGGGAUCUGCUCACCUGGAUUUACUCACUUGAGCACUCCCUGGACCUGCUCACCUGGAUCUGUGUCCCUGGAUCUGCUCACCUUAUGGGACCUGCUCACCUGAACCUGCUCAUGUUAUGGGACCUCCUCACCUGGAUCUGCUCACCUGAGCACUCCCAGGACCCGCUCACCUUUUGGGACAUGUGCCCCUGGAUCUGCUCACCUGGACCUCCUCACCUUGUGGGACCUGCUCACCUGGACCCUACAGACUGUGGGACCUGCUCACCUGGACCUGCUCACCUGGACCUGCUCACCUGGACCCUACAGACAGUGGGACGUCCUCACCUGGACCUGCUCACACCUUGUGGGACCUGCUCACCUGGACCCUACAGACUGUGGGACCUCCUCAUCUGGAUCUGCUCACCUGAGGACCUGCUCAUCUUGUGGGACCUGCUCACCGUGUGGGACCUGCUCACCUGGACCUGCUCACACCUUGUGGGAUCUGUGCCUCUGGACCUGCUCACCUGGAUCUGCUCACCUUGUGGGACCUGCUAACCUGAGCACUCCCAGGACCUUCUCACCUUGUGGGACCUGUGUGCCUGGACCUGCUCACCUUGUAGGACCUGUUCACCAGGACCUGCUCACUUUGUGGGACUUGUGGCCCUGGACCUGCUCACCAGGACCUGCUCACCUGUACCUGCUCACCUUGUGGGCCCUGUGCCCCCAGGCCGUGCCCACCUGGACUCUCCAGACCCCCAAACCCCCAACCCAGCUGCUGCCCCCCCCCCAAUUCUUCUCCUGAAUUUUUGGUUUCCCCAUCGGCUUCUCCAGCAGAUUUCCCACUCUGGGCUCUGCCCCUCACCAGCUUUGGGGGUCCCCUGGUGCUCCUGGGGGUCACCUGUGCCCCGUGGGGGGGUUUUAGGGGGCUCAGAGUGGGGUUUCAGGGGUUGUGAGGGCAUUGAGGGGGAUUUUUUGGGCUUGA